CGGCGGAGGGAGAGGGAGGGGAGCGGCGAGUGAGCCGAGAGCGCGCGGCAGCCCCGCCCCGGCCCGGCCCGACCUAGCCUGCGCCCCCAGCCGCCGCCGCCCUCCGCCCGCCCGCCCGGCCCGGCCCGAGCAUGUCCGCGUCGGCCUCGGGCAGCGGCCCCGGGCCCGGCCCCCAGCACAGCCAGAGCCAGAGCCGGGCCAUCCCCACCCGCACCGUGCCCAUCAGCGACGCCGCGCAGCUACCUCACGACUACUGCACCACGCCCGGGGGGACGCUCUUCUCCACCACGCCGGGGGGAACCCGAAUCAUCUAUGACCGAAAAUUCCUGUUGGAUCGUCGAAAUUCUCCCAUGGCUCAAACUCCGCCUUGCCACCUCCCUAAUAUUCCAGGAGUCACCAGUCCUGGAGCCUUGAUUGAAGACUCCAAAGUGGAAGUGAACAAUUUGAACAAUCAUGACAGGAAGCCUACUGUAGGGGAUGAUGCUCAGUUUGAGAUGGACAUCUGAUCAGUCUCCAGAUGACAGAAGCAGCAGCAGCUCCAAUACCUGCGUGUACCUGAUUUGACCAAGAGGAGUGAGAACUGAAAAGACAGAAGAGGCAGUGGCAGCAUUCUCCACUGAAGUCUCCACCUCGUCCUCCAGGUGCCAAACAAUCUGAAGACUAGCCCCAUUUCAUUGACUUUCUCCUCUGCUCCCGUCUCUCUGGCCCCAGUCUGACUGAAUCAAGGCAAAAGCUGAACCUCUCUUCUCCCAGCCUUCUUUCCAUCAAGGUGGAAAGCUCAUUUCGAUCCCGAGCGAGAUGUCAGUGACCAGCUGAUAACAGAGCUUGGGAGGAAGAUGUUGGAUUCAACAUCAUCCAUUUUUCUUCCCCUUUGGCUUCCUGUUUCCCAUGUGUUUCAGGACUGAAUGGGAGGAAGGCAGGUUGCCUGAAUGAGGGCAGCUGGGGCUGUCAAGGGUAGGAGGGGAAAUGAGUUGCUAGUUACUUUGACCUUGGGUGCCCCCAGGGAGGAGCGCUCUCCCAAAUGCUUCUGUGAAUCCUGGGGUCUGAUUCUGUGUCCUCCACUAACUAACUCCUCUCCCUGGCCCCACCUCCUUCCCUUUUGGGGUGUCAUGUCCACUGUCUAAGACCUCUCCCCACCCCCCCCACCCCCCACAGCCUGCUAUCCUUUCCCUUUACCUCCCUAUUUGAACAAAACUUUUUUAAACUUUGUACUUAGAGGGAGCCAUUAGUACCCAGCUAUUGGGCCUCUUCUCUUUUUCCUUUCCCCUGAAAUUCCUGUUUGCAGAAACUAAUUUCCCUUGUUCUUCUCCGUCUGCACCAAGGUAAAGACAACAACCAAGGCAGUGUGGGCAUCUACUUGGUGGAUGAGUUACACUGUGCUCUUUGACUUAAACUUGAAAAAUGACCUCUUCCCAGUGGGCUUGGGCUACAUUGGGAGUCUCGAGUCAGUUUCUCUCUCAGGUUGGCGAACGAGUUUUCCAUUCUCUCUGUUGCCCUGGCUUUCACAGUCUUGUACUCCACAAAGCUGUAGAUGAUCUUAGAACUGACCCAGACUUUCUCCUGGCGCCUGCCCACUGUAGCUGGCAGAUAUAGAACUGGAGAAAAACAUGGGCUUAGUUUCACCCCUUACUGUCUUUCUCUCCCUGCCCCUGUCUUCUCCACUCUUCCCAUUGGACUACUGUUUCCCCCGUAUUUUCUUGUAACUCUGCCAGUCUGCUUUGCAGCCUGACAUCCAAGGUACCUUGAUCUCAGUUGGUACCUGAGAACAUCUGACACUCCUAGUUUAGGAGUGAACCUUUAUUUUUAAGAUGACUACAGACCUAUUUUCUAGAAACAAUUUCAGUCAAAUUCUGAACAGCAACUUUUUCAUUAAACAUCUUCCAAUAUCAGGAAGGUGAGAGGUCUCUGUGGAACAGGCUUGCUGUUCUCAAGCCAUCAUCUCCUAUUUUUACCCAAUACUUUUGAUACCUACUUUGGUUCCUUUCCCCAUGACUGUGUGUGCAUGUUUAGGGUUUGUAGUGGGUAAUUCUGUAUAACCAGACCAUUCUGCCUUGCGCUUUGCCAAAGGCCAAAGCCUUCUUUUUCUUGCUUUUUCCCUUUUCUUCCUUGGCUCUAAACAGUUGGUUCCCUUUUGAAUCCCUUCUGAUUACCGCCUGUUGCUGUCCCCACCCAUCCUUCCAUAGAACUCUUUGGUUUGUGUUGAUUAAGUUUCUGGUGGUUUCUUAAGAGUCUUGGGCUCUGAUACUGAGAGCUUAGCUCCCUGACUUUCACUCCGCCUGUGCAGUUUUUUAAAAAGCUAUGUUUUCGUUCUGAACUAUGAAAAGACCCUGAUGUUGAAUACAUUUUCACAUGAGGCAGAAGGAUGUCUUAGGAACUUAAUUCUGUUUUCUACUACAAAAUGUGAAUAGUUAAAGGAGCGGAAAUCUUUGGAAAUUAUUGAUGUUUCUCAGGAAUAAGCUGCAUCUGCAGUGUUUAGGGAAUUUUUGCAUGUAAAAAUUUGGAGAUGACAAAAGUGGCCAUACCAAAAAAAAAAAUUACAUCCCCACUUUGGUGGCUUUCCAUGUUCUUAAAAAACAUUUAAGUUGCAUACAUAAGGAGCCCUAUUGGGAUCUCUCUGGUCCAGUUCAGAAAUUGACAUUGUGUGGGCUACAGCCCAGCAUCCAGUCUAUUGAUGGGUUUGAGCUUCAAUGUUAACAUGGGAAAGCUUGAUGAUUUCAUUGAACACAAAGUAUUGAUUAGAAACUCAAUUUUGAAACAAGGAACUAUUGUGAUAAUUUGUUUUCUCUUGAGGAGAAGGUUGCAACCAAGUCCUUUUUUCUCUUUUACACUCGCUUCGCUUCACUCUGAGACCGAAAGUCUUGACCCCAAAUGUGAGACUGCAAGAAAUGCUCUUUUGAUGCUGAUCCCAAGAAGUUUUCUGAUCUCUCAUUAAAUGAUUUUAAUUAAACUAGGCCACGACACCAGCCUGAAAACCCUACUCCAGCCAAGAUCGAGAGAGAGAGAGAGAGAGAGAAUGAGAAUGAGAAUGAAUGUGUGUUAGGAGGUGGUGUUUAGAUGCUAUGGGCUAAUAUAUCUUCUUCUUAGAAGUUCCUUGAGUUCGGGUCCUUAAAGUGGUAUUUAAUAAACUUGUAGGAAUAGGGCCCUUGCAGUCUAGGUAACCCUUAAUUUGCAUUUAUCCUUCUGUGUCUCUGGAGACAACCUACUUUUCUGCCAGUUGUAGCAGCAACAUCUGGAAGGUCAAGAAUCAGAUUUCUUCUAAAUUUGAUUCACUGGAUCCAAAAUGUACUUUUAAUGUUCUCGUUUAUUGAAUGAAUGAUCAGAUGCUGAAGACCACUAGGAUUUAGUGAAAUGACCCUUCUAGGAAGCUGGUGCAAGCAUCUUUUUGUUUGUUUUCUUUUUUUUACACCUUAAAGACUGAAAAUAAGGCUUAAAGCAGUGAGCUUAAGCUAUGUCUUUAGGACCGACUCUGCCAAAAGCUAAAAUAGGAGAAAAAAAGAGUGUUCUGAAGGCUUAAAACUCACCCCACAGAUCGACUGCUGUCAAACAUGGUGAGUGAAUGAAUGAUGAGUAAGGAUGGGCUCCCCCUUUAAGGAGGAGACAAGUCUGUGUUUCUUCUUGACUUUCAGCAAGCCAGGGCCCUUUUGCCCUGCCAUAGUCACAGAGGCUAUUUUUCUCCUCGUCCUAAAGGCCAGGGUUUCAUUUCUGAUGACUAGGUUAGAGUCUUCUCUCUUAACUUGCAGAAAAUCACCUAACUUCUCUGGGCUUCCGCUUCCUCAUCUGUAAAAGAAGAAAGAGGUAGACCAGAUGACCUCUAAUGUCACUUCCAGUUCUAGAUCUCAUGAGUAUGACUCAGUAAUUGCCAGAUCAAGGGAUUCAGGCCAUUCCUUCUCAGAAGCUGUGACAGAACUAUUUGAAUUGAGGGAACAGUACAGGGUCAAAACAGAAUCUUUAUAAUAGAUCAGGAUCCGAGGAGAAGAAGACAUGGCAUAUGAAAAACCAGUUCAGAAACAUAGAAGAUUGCUUGGUUUGCCAAGCUCAAGGCAGGAAUACCAGGCAUUAGAAUGUGUCGAGAUAGAGGGAGCGCCCUACUAGGAUUUAGAUUAAAAUGGGGCAGGAUUAGGGGCAGGACAGCCAGAUCAGCUGGGACAAGAAAAGAGGCCCUAAGUGUUUGGCUGCACCUGAAGACCUCUUAUACCUUUCCCUGCUUUUCCAAUUAAAACACCUACAUUGUUUGGGUAGAUGUAUGUUUUUAAAGGGAGAUUGGCCCCUUGACCUCUGUUGAAAUUUUGUUGUUCCUGCUUUUCUCAGCAGACAUUUUUCUUCCUUCAUAGUUAUUAGAGAUUCCUGCAUUUAAAAUGUUCUUUACAUUUUUGGGUGUCAAGAUUUAUCUAAUUAUUAGAGUUUUAGUAGCUGUUCCAUAAUUUACAGUUAUUCCUUGCAUUUUCAUCUUGACAAGCAGUAUCAGAUCUGAUAUCUUCUGCCAUUUGUGGGAAAGUAGGUAUUAAUAAAGUCAACUUCAUUGUGCUCAGCGGCCCUCUUAAUGUUGUGUGGGAGCUUUCAAAGAGGAUCUUUUCACUGGGCCUGGGCUCAAGUUCCCUCUCUAUUCCCAGCAACACAAUUGUGCUGACUCACACUUUCUUUUGAAGGUUGAAGCCCUGCCUGCUGCAAAAUUACCUGGUGUCUAUUUCUCUCGCCGUCGGUCAUUCAAGCCAUCAAAUAUUUAUUGAGUGUCUGCCGUGUGCAAGAGUUCUACUCAUUUUAAAACUCAGUUUUAAAAUUUUUGCUUCAGGUGGCUGUGUCUUUGUGACUGUUUAGUUGGGAAUCCUCUCUCAAGUUCCUUCUCUUUUCUUCCCAAGCUCAGUGCUUAACUAUUGGAGCGGUUGCUUCAGGGUUCUCGUUCUAAACCAUUUUUGGCACUUUGCCUUGUGCUCUCAACCACAGAAAUGGUCGCAUUAGGAGGCAUCUUGCAGGAGAGAUCUCUGUGUCCUGUUGGCCUGCAUUUGGCCUGCAGAGGCUAGUGUCUUAUGCCCUGUGCAGAGUUGGAAUUCGAGUCUCCCCUUCCUUUGGCAAUCAUCCCUCAGAGGAAAGCAAAGCGCUUCCCCUGCUCCCUUCUCACUGGUUCAGAGCUUUCCCCACUUUGCACAUCUCUGGACCGUAGGUCUGUGGGCAGUUGGUGGGAUCUUUAUUAAUCUGCGUAACCCAAUCACAUUGGUAAAAGGGAUUCCUUUGAGGCGAGUGCUUCCUUCUUAGGAAUCUGGUUGGAUUCUGGACCAUCCCUAUAACUCGUAGCUUUUCACUUUCCCUAAAUAAAGAUGGACUCGGAACCAAGAGCAAGUGGGCCCCCGUUCCCAGGGACUUGAGUCUUGUCAUUGUUUUACUCAUGGUUUUUGUUUUGGAAUUGAGGUUUUUCUGCCAUUAGUCUGGAGGCCAAGUCAAAAUCGUAAAUUUCCCUUUAAAACUAUAAGAAUUUGUUUGGUACGUGGAUUAUUUAUUUUCCCAUUUAUCUCUCUGAGGAAUAUUAAUUGCUUCCUAUGGGCUGGUCCUGGAAGUUGAUCCCUUAAAGCUCAAGUACAUGAAAGGUCUUUUGGGUCUCAUAUUACUCUUGCUAUAUACUUCUUUCCUUGAACUCUGCAGACCUGGCAGACUGCAUUUUAUGCCUGGGGUGUCAAGGCUCUGGGGAAUGUGACUGAGAUGAAACAAGUUCCCUGAGGUGUUUAAGCUCUUACUCUGCCCCCUGCCUAAUGAUUGGAGCAGGUGAAGAGAUGCCUGGAAACUUGAUAAUCAUCUGGCCAAAUGGGGUUCUGGAAAGGGAAGUUUCUUCUUCAGUAUUAGAGGGCAUUGGCUCUUGAACCUGAAGUUACUCACCACCCCAGACUCUGAAGACUCCAUGAAUCGAGCAAGGAUGGUAUGCCCAUUCUAAUCCCCAUGUUUUCUCCCUACUCUUUAGUGCUGAUCUUAAAACAAACCCAUCUGUGCCAAGGGUAAUUUACUUGAAACUAUGGGACUAGCCCCUUCCUAUGUGUAGGAUAGAGAUCAGAUUAGAUGAGCAGGAUGAAUGGUCCAUCUCAUUUACUAACUUCCCCAUGUCUGUGUUAGUAUCACCGGGCAUUGGUGGUCCAGUGCCUUUCCUUCACCUCAAGAUGGAAUCCAUCUAUUUCUACCUUGGUGAAACUGCCCUCUUCCUGAAGGGGGGUGAGGUAGGCCUUGAAGGUGUCUUGGAGAACCCAAAGGACACUUGCAUGUUGGGUGUCCAUUUUAAGCUUCUUUUUAAAUCUUUUAUAAAGAAAAUGCUCAUUCCCCUUAGCCCAGUCCAGCCGAUCCCCUUGUCCUCUCACCCCUUUUCAGUGCCAUUCUGAAUCAAAAAGGCUAUGGCUAGCUAGAAAUUGUGCUGCCUCCCCUGCCCCUGGUCACCUCCUCACCCUCUCCUCUUUCCCCCUCCCUCCCUUUUCAUUAUCAUUCUGAAUGGAAAUCAGAGGCUGCCAGCCAAGGCCUUUAGGCAGUUCUGUAUAAUUCCAUGGGUUUUGUGGGGUUUUUCUUUUGUUUUUGCUUUGGUUUUUAUUUUAAUUGUUCUUCAAAACCAACAGGUAUUUGGAAACAUAGGAAAACUCACCAAUGGUUGCUGUUAGUUAGAUCAAUAAAGAUCUUGACUAAAAA